GCCACCAAAGAGAUGACAGUGCAAACCCUCUGCCUGGAGUGACAAUGCACAGUCCCUUUUCUUGCCUUUUCUUAGCCAGAUUGCAGACUUAUUAGGUUUGUUCUCAGAGCUGAAGCCAGGAAGCGGCUGUUGAAGGGGAAGAGGGAGGGCAGGGUCAGGUUCUGCCAGUGGGGGGCAGAGGGAAUCCACAGAAUGAAACAUGAGGGGAAUUUCUGGACAGAGAAUGAAAGCACUCAUAAAUAAAAGGGGGCCAGAGGCUCACAAAGUAUCACUAGCUCACACUUCUUGGGCCAUACCAUCUGCCUGCAAGGACCCCUGUGCUUUUCCCAUUACUCUCCUGCACGCCCGGCCAAGCCAAAGCCUUACAUAGACUCCUGCACACACCCAGAGCCACUCACACUCACACGCACUGUUGCUCUGCCUCUGUUCCCCUUCAUGGCACCCCAUGUGGCCCCAGUACUGGCCCUCAGUCUGCUGGCUCUCUGCACUUCCCCAGUUCUAGGUGGUGCUAAUGAUGCUGAAGACUGCUGCCUGUCUGUUACCCAGCGCCCCAUCCCUGGGAACAUUGUGAGGGCCUUUCGCUACCUCCUCAUCAAGGAUGGCUGCAGGGUGCCUGCUGUUGUGUUCACCACACUGAGGGGCCACCAGCUCUGUGCACCCCCAGACCAGCCCUGGGUGGACCGUAUCAUCCGAAGAUUGAAGAAGACCGCUGCCAAGAGCAAGCGCCAUAGCAGUUAGCCAUGACAACACCAAAGGGAGCCCUGUGUCUGGGUGAAGGAAUAUGAAUCACCCUGGCCUGGAGAACCAAGGACCAGAAGGGAGGGCCAGGUUUCAGCUCCUCAGCACCAGACCUGACCCAGCCAGGGCAGAACCUGGAGCAUCAAUGUGAGUGUGAGUGUGUGAAUGCGAGCAAGAGGGUGUGUGAGGGCAUAGCUUCUCCACACCCAGAACGCAAUGCUUCCAAUAAAGCUAUUGGCACUCACAAAUCCGUCUGCAUCUGUUUGCUGCCUAUCUAAGAGGGCAGGUAUAGGAAGGAUGGAGAUGAGAAGGCAGGAUCUAUUUUCCAUCUAGUGGCCUGAACAAACU